CCGUGGAGGAGGCAUCACGCGCGCCGCUCUCCCCAGCCUCCCGUCCGAACGCCUGGCUCGCCCGCGCGCCCUUCCGUGUCGCAUUUGCACGCCUCGUCGCGGUGCCGUCGGAGGCCGGAGGUGACUCGCCUCCUGCGGGAGUGGCAGAAACUGGAUUUUGUUGAGAAACGUGCUCGCCUGGAAGGUUGGUUCUGAGGAAAUAUUGGUCCCGAAUCCAGAUAGAAUAUAAGGUCUGACAAACGUCCAGUGCUCGUGAUUGGAAAGGAUGGGUGGGCGGCCCUGAGGACGCGGCUCCCGUGGAGGGCGAGGCAUGGCUCGGCCCCUGACGCGGCCACAGCUCGCUUUGCUCUCGCCCGCGGAGGAGCCUCUCGACGCCCCGGACCGGCGGCCUUUGUAGGUGGUGUGAGCUCGCCCUUUCGCAGCAUGAGGGCGGCCUGGAUAUGGGUGGGCGUGGUGGUGGUGGGCGUGCUAGUUGUCGUGGGCGAGGGCGAGGCGCGGGGCGAGAUGCCCCAGAGGACGCCCACCAUCAACACUAAGUACGGGCAGCUGCGGGGCUUCUACCGCAACGUGAGUGGGUACGGAUUGCGGGUUGCCACGUACCUGGGCGUGCCCUACGCCACCCCGCCCGUGGGCGCCAACCGCUUCAGCCCCACCCGCACGCUGUCCCAGUGGGUCGGGCUCCACGAGGCGUCCAACUUCGGGCCGGCGUGCCCCCAGCGCCUGCCCGACAUCAGCAACGAGACGGCGGCGCUGCAGAAGAUGUCCCGCGGGCGCCUCAACACCCUCAAGUAUUACCUCCCGGUGCUCAGGAGGCAGAGUGAGGACUGCCUCUACCUCAACCUCUACGUCCCGGAUGCAGCAGCGCGUUACACAAUCAUUGGAUUCGGUAAGUUUACAAUGUAUAGCCAAAGAAGUCGAGCGAAUGAGUCAAGACAAGAGGAUGGAAGAGCACAAGAAGAAUAG